UAUGACUUAUCACAUUUUAUGACAUCGAAUAAUAAACUUAAACCAAUUUAUGGGGCGUCUCUGUGUUUACGAUGACUACUCGCUUGUCUCCGCGGCCUCUGACUCUCUCUCUCUCUCUCUCUCUGUCAGUCCAUCCAUCAAAGUGACGUGCAAUCUCAUGACGCGUGCGUAAAAGUGAUCGGAAUCAAAUCAAAGCUUUUAAUCUGCGCAAUCACCGUCACUUGUGGAUGUUUCUCGCCACGUAAAGAUCCCCCCGAUGCACCCCACGCGAUGCUUUGAGCUGUGGCCGAGGUGCGCGCCAAAGAAAGAAGUCGAAUAAAUAUAUGUUCGAGUUAUGUUUUGCUGACAAGGCAAAUUCAGAAACAGACAGCAACGCCAACGACCACUUGCAAUCCAAUGCUAGCGUUCCAUCAAAUAUUCUGCCUUUCCAAUGACGAUGAGCGUUCAAUUUUGAUCGACACCGUCAGAGGCUGUACAAAAUGCUCAAGUGGGCUGUAAUAUUCCGCCUCUACAGAAGAUACGAAUGUCCAGGUUUGACUGAUACUAGUAAAGUUAUUAUUCUAACAAUGUGUUGUUGCAGUUUGCAUUCUUGCAAUAUACCGCACAGCAGUCUCUAAUAUUUUGGUUGGCUCAUUUGCUACAUCGGUGUAAAUUCCAACAGCAGUAAUAAACCAUGUUGAAUAAAUACCUCUAACCGUAUCAAUUGAAACUCAACGUGCUUUAAGCGUAAUAUUUUUCAUACAACAUAGCAUCUCAUUAAAUUCUGUAUAGGUGCUCAUGUUUUUCUGCACUGGUCAGUUAUAGUAAAAAUAAAAAUGUUGACUAGAGCUCGACGUGAAAUGCUUUCACACUAAUAGGGUGAUAAUAUCAUAUUCAAAGAACAAAAUAGGCGAUGCUGAGACAGCAAUUAAGAGCUGUCCGACAAUGGGCGCAAAGCAAAAUCCACUGGAUUUGGAUGGAGCUGCAGCUGCCUUGCGCCGUUCCCGGGAACCCGUGGGCGGGGCAAUCAUUGUCAUGGAAACAAGACCUCCGCCUAGCCAUUGUGCGCAGCUCUCCCAACUUUAUUAUAAGCAGGCAGCGAGCCGCGGCGCUGUCAAACUCGGCGACGGGCAGCAAGUAGCGGGAGAACACGCGAAACAGGGCGACGGGAUUAUUCUUCCAAAACGCACUAUUUCCUGCCAACUUUUGGGAGACCUUGUUCGCGGAUACCGGAGCCAGAGCGACCCCCCGCACCCCCACGGCAAAAAGCAAGUGGCUCCAUCCGUGACUCCCAGCGCCCCGGUGCCGCCACCGGCAGAGCUCCAUGUAUAAAAUGGAUUACUCCUACCUGAACUCCUACGACUCGUGCAUGGCCGCCAUGGAAGCGUCGGCCUACGCGGACUUCAGCUCGUGCAGCCAGGCCAGCUCGUUCCAGUACAACCCCAUCCGCAGCGGACCCUUCUCCAACCCGGCCUGCACCCCGCUCAGCACGGCCAGCUGCACCCUGGGAGCCCUCAGAGACCACCAGCCCACGCCGUACUCGUCAGUCCCAUACAAGUUCUUCUCAGACCCUUCGGGCCUGAAUGAGAAACGGAAGCAGAGGCGCAUUCGGACCACUUUCACCAGUUCCCAGCUGAAGGAGCUGGAGAGGGUUUUUGCCGAGACACACUACCCGGACAUUUACACCCGAGAGGAGCUGGCUCUGAAGAUUGAUCUGACAGAAGCCAGAGUACAGGUGUGGUUUCAGAACAGGCGUGCAAAGUUCCGCAAGCAGGAGCGGGCCGCAAACGCAAAAGCCAACAGCUCCGGGGCGGGCAACACGAGCAGCUCCGGAGGGAAGAAAGGCGGUGAGACCAGAUCGUCAUCGGACGACGACGAGUCCAAAGAAUCCACCUGCAGCCCCACACCCGAUAGCACGGCCUCGCUGCCGGGCUCGGCAAACGGGAACCUGGGUAGCCCCUCCAGCCUGAGCCCCAGCCCGGCUCCGGCUAACGGAGGAUACAUCAACGCCUCCGCCUCUCCGGUUUUGCAGGGGCUCAAGGCGGCCACCUGGUCUGGCCUGGGGCCGUCCAACCCGGCCGUGGCCCAGCCCGCUGCCCAGACUCAGGAGAUUCUGAAGGCCUGGCAGCCGGCGGACAGUAUGACGGGGCCUUUUGCCGGAGUCCUGUCCUCCUUUCACAGAAAACCCAAUGCCACCAUCAAGACGAACCUGUUCUGAAGCACAGACAGUGGACCGAUCGAGACAUGUGUUCUUCCCCAACAGCCAGGACACGAACGACCGCUAAUCUGACUCAAACCUCAUCACUCACCUCAAAAUAUGCAUUUCAUUGUGUACACUCGAAGAACACUCGGUUUUGCCUUUCGACACAUACACAUGCAAGCAUCAGAGCUCAUGAGCAUGGUGGUCAGGUACGAGUCCUAAGCAGAAGGCCAAACAUUGAGCAACUUCCACACAACACACAGCUCCAGCACAAGGAAGAGGGGCCCCCUAAAUCCAAUUAGAAAGACCCUCGGUUCAUUCCUUCCUCCCUCCUUACUGUAACAAGUCCAGGCUGUGACCUCCCUCUGUGACCCCUGGUGCUUUCAGGCCCAUCAUGCCUUGCCUCACCAAACACUAGCCACUUUGUUCACAAAGCAGAAAGGAGAACAACUUGAGGCCACUUUGCAUCGGCCGCAGGUUCCUGCCUAAGCUCGUCUUUCUAGUACUUAUUACAGACCUGCUGGGCUUUUACUCAUUUGGGACUUUCGGGAUGAUUCUGCAGCUCUCUUGGAGGGAAGUGUCACAUGUUCUUGCUCACUUCCAGCCAAUGGGUCCAUUUUUGCUUUUUUUGAAAAGUGUCAAAUCAGGGGAUGGCAAUAUAACGUGACGGAUGAGGGUUCUAUUGUUUCCAUUAGACAUAGUGUCCACUCCAAAAUAAAACAAAACAAAAAAAAAAAAAAAA